AUGUUUACAAGGAAGAACAGCCGGUCGUCUGACAUUUCAUCGCACCCUUCGGUCCUAGAGCUCACGUUCCGCGCCCUGCCUCCAAGGGUCCUGGCAGCAGCAGCAUGCGUCUCGCGCGAGUGGAGAGCAGCAGCCACCAGCGAGCCCCUGGACCUGGCAGCAGCAGCGUGUGUGUGCCGCGAGUGGAGGGCAGCAGCCACCAGCGAGCCCCUGUUGACCCCCUUCGACCCUGGACCUGGCAGCAGCAGCGUGUGUGUGCCGCGAGUGGAGGGCAGCAGCCACCAGCGAGCCCCUCUCACCUUUCGGGUCCUGCCCCCGAGGGACCUGGCAGCAGCAGCGUGUGUGUGCCGCGAGUGGAGAGCAGCAGCUACCAGCGAGCCCCUCUGGCACCGCCACACCAUCGCCCGCUGGCCCGCCCUCGCCAGCCCUGCUGUGGCCCGUCGGGUUCAGCAGCUACCAGCGAGCCUCUCUGCCACCUCGCUAGCCCUGCUGUGGCCCGUCGGGUCUCAGACUCGUGCGGCUUCUACCUCUUCUAAAGCCUCCCCCCUCCCCUUCCACCUGGACGAUCUCACGUUCUUCUUCGACCUCUCCUUCCACGGCUCCCCCGUCUUCUCGCAAGCAUUCAAAAAGCGUUUUCUCCGCCCGGGUCGCGCCUCCCCGCUGCCAUUCCACCUGGACGAUCUCACGUUCUUCUUCGACCUCUCCUUCCACGGCUCCCCCGUCUUCUCCCAAGCCUUCAAGUACGAGGGCGGCCGCGCCCUCGUCCCCUUCGCCCACCACACCUUCUCAGACCCGUCCGCCAUCUUUCCCUCUAUAGAAGCCCUUGAUAAGGACUCCUUUCGGCGCUCUCUAGCUGUGAAUUGGACGGUUUUACGGAGGACGGACGGAAGAGGGUCCUGUCUGGUGCGGGCGUGUCCUGACAGGGAGAAGCUGAUUCCUGCCAGCAGCAGCGGCAGCAGCAUCGGCACCAGCAGCAGCAGCAGCAACACCACCAACCUGAUGGGUGCUGCUGCUGCCGCCGCCGCUGCGGGUGUUGCUGCCGCCGCUGCCGCAGCAGGAGGGGCAGGAGCGGCGGCCAAUGUGGAGAUGACACCUGUCAACGUGCUGGCUCGCACGGGGGCGAUGGAGGUGAAUCUAACGGCUCUCAAGGACCGGCUGGGUGGGACUGUGCGGGUGGAUAUUGCUGGGAAGGAGUUUCUGCUGGUGCUGUCCGCGCUGCAGUGGGAGUGA